CCAGUGCGCCUGCGCGGAUAAACCAGGAAGAGCAAUGGUUCAGUUAUGUUUUGGAAGAAAGAGGAAUAACAAGUCUGACUGCUCUGAGCUCCAGUCCCGAUCAUGAUGGGCUGCCACUGCUGCAGCAGGCUGUGCUCCCGCUCGUCGGCCUACACUCUGGCCCUCGGCCUGGGCUUUGUAACUUUGGGGACCAGUCGCAUCGUGCUCCUCAAAUUCUCCGCCAAUGCUGAGAACAAGUAUGACUUCCUCCCUGCAUCCGUCAAUCUACUCGCUGAGGCGCUCAAACUGCUCUUCUGCCUGGCUAUGUCAGUCAGAGUGAUCGUCCGAGAGGGACGAUCGUGCAGAGAGCUGGGGUGCUCCUCCAGCUCCUCCUUCCUCACCUCCCUGAAGUGGGCUGUCCCUGCUUUCCUCUACUUCCUCGACAACCUCAUCAUCUUCUAUGUGAUGACUUACCUGCAGCCUGCCAUGGCAGUGUUGUUCUCCAACUUCGUCAUCCUGACCACAGCUGUGCUCUUCAGAAUUGUUCUGAAGAGGCGCCUGUCCUGGGUUCAGUGGGCAGCGUUAUUCAUCCUCUUCCUGUCCAUUGUUUCCUUGACGACGGGAUCAGGGAACAGCCAGAACUCUGUGGCUGUUCCAGGUCUCCACUCAAACCCCCUCUCCACCCCCUCCAACUCCUGCCUCCUCUACACACAGCUGCUGGAGCAGAUGAGGAACAGCAGUGCCACUGAGUCGUGGGUGUCAUCCCUGCCCGGCCAGGCCUGGAGGGACAGGGUGGUGCAGAAGCUUCGGUCUCUGGGUGUGGGUCACAUCCUGCUCCUCCUCCAGUGCUUCAUCUCCGCCAUGGCCAACAUCUACAAUGAGAAGAUCCUCAAAGAAGGAGACCAGCUGACUGAGAGCAUCUUCAUCCAGAACAGUAAACUGUACGCCUUUGGUGUGGUGUUUAAUGGUCUGACCCUCGGGCUGGGCAGUGAGGCUCGAGGCCUCACCGUGCACUGCGGCCUCCUCCAUGGACAUAACGUGUACUCCCUGUUACUGGUGCUCGUCACGGCUGCCCUGGGUCUAUCUGUGGCCUUCAUCUUGAAAUUCAGAGACAACAUGUUCCACGUGCUGACGGGCCAGAUCACUACCGUGGUGGUAACCGCCCUCUCCCUCUUCCUCUUUGACUUCCGCCCCUCGCUGGACUUCUUCCUCCAGGCUCCCACAGUCCUGCUGGCCAUCUUUAUCUACAACGCCAGCCGGCCCAAGGACCUGGAGUACAGCCUGCAGCAGGAAAAGCUGCGGGUCAUCAACGGAGAGGUGUUCGAGAGGUCCAGAGGGGACGGCGAGGAGCUGGAGCUGCUGACGAAGCCCAACACAGACAGUGAAUCUGAGGAGGAGUCCUUGUAGUACUGACUUAUGAUGGAAGAUUUUCACUGCUGCUGAUAUUAAGAAGCGAUGUAGUCAUGGACGCAGCGUGGUCACAGAUUUCUGUCUCAGCUCAUUUAUUGAAAUGACUAUCAGCGAGUGAACAGUGACUGACAGUGCUGCUGGACCGUGGGAUGAACUCUGUCAGACACUUGUGAUAGUAACUAAGGCUGUUGUGUAUAUAUUGAAAUGUGCCUGUCAGUAUGAGUGCUGUUAUUUACAUAGUGAAAGAAGCACCAGUUAAACCAUCAGUGUAUGUACUGCUGGGAAAUACUCUAAGUAUCAGUGUAUUUGCCACUUUGGAUCACUAAGGAUUCUUGUUCGGGAUAUUUUGUCUCCUCUGAUGAUUCCUCUUGUUUGUGCAGCUAUUUGACUUGUUCCAGAUGAUUGAUGGGUUUAAUGACCAGAGUUUUAUAAUUGUAAAUGCAAUGAUUGUAAUGAUUGGCUUUAUACUGUUUUUAAUGUCAUUGGCAGCGUGCAAGAGAAGAGUUCAUUCAAUCUAUAGUCAAUAUUUAAACAGUGUUGGAACUUAAGCACCAAAUUCCAGCACAAAGUCACAAACUGCAGCAUCACAAAACACAUUACCAGAAAUGUACACGCACACCAGGACUGUUUCCAUGACAGUGUAUGGAACUUUCUAUUUUUCUGCUCAAUCAGUGUAUUUUCUUAAACAUGAACCAGAACCAUGAGCAUUGACAGAAUUUAGCAGUUAGGAUGCCUGGAUUUCUGAAAGCACAACAAAGUGGCUCCUGGUUCUUAUUUGGCCUUGAACAUUUCUUUGUUUUUUUUGUUUGUUUUUUUUGGUGGAGGAUUGAUGUAGUACAACUGUGAUAUAUAAUUCUUGUGCCAUAAAGUUUGAACAUAUGCCAGUUGUUCUGAAAUAAACUGCAAGUGAAGUGGUUUAA